GUGGGAUAAGACCAAUUUAGAGAGAGGAUUGAGAUUUGAAUGUUUCUUUUUUCAAUCAUUGUGACUGAAUACAUCUUGCAAGGAAGUUUUGGCGAUUACAUUAGAGCCAUCACUUAUUGUUCUGCUGUCCAUCUGGCACUUGAAUUUUAAUUUAAAUUUCUAAUGACCUGCACCGGGUUCCCUGAUGGAUAAUUUAUAGAUUGACUUUUUAAUUCAAAGCCAUUUGUACCACCCAUGGCUGUAUAGAAAACUAUUGUGAAGCCAUUCCCUUUCAACUGCUCUACAACAGUGGCAACAAAAUGCAGAGGCAAGUGGAGGUCAAAAUGCAUGAGAAUCAUUUGGAUCCCCUUCCAUCACCCGAGGAACCCAUGUGUGGAGGCAUUUGUGACAAACUCAUGAAAAACAUGCUACUAACAGUGACAAUUCUUGGUGUCAUCAUAGGUUCAGUAACUGGUAUUCUACUGCGGUAUGCAUCCCCACUCCCCCCCGAUGUCAUUAUGGUCAUUGCCUUCCCUGGUGACAUUCUCAUGAGGAUGUUAAAAAUGGUGAUUUUGCCUCUGAUCAUCUCAAGUUUGAUCACAGGGUUAGCGGGGUUGGAUGCAAAGUCCAGUGGCCGUCUGGGCACAAGAGCCAUGGUGUAUUACAUGUCUACCACUAUCAUCGCAGCUGUGCUUGGUGUAAUCUUGGUGCUUCUAAUUCACCCUGGCAACCCAAAAUUGAAGGCAAACCUUGGCGAAGGCAAAAAGAAUGAUGAAGUGUCCAGUUUAGAUGCCUUCUUUGAUCUCAUACGAAAUCUGUUUCCAGAGAAUCUCGUCCAGGCUUGCUUUCAACAGAUCCAAACUGUUACUAACAAGGUAGAAAUAGCUCCUCCACCUCCAACUCGAUUUGGACGAAAUGCCACCAAGGUUGCAGCAAAAUAUGUGGUCAAAAAAUCUCUUCAAUUCAAGAGUGGCAUGAAUGUGUUAGGUAUCAUUGGAUUCUUUGUGGCAUUUGGGAUUUGCAUGGGAAAGAUGGGCGAAAAGGCCAAGCUGAUGGUUGACUUCUUCAACGUUCUAAACGAGAUUGUAAUGAAGCUUGUCGGCACGAUCAUGUGGUAUUCCCCCAUUGGAAUUGCCUGUCUGAUCUGUGGGAAAAUUAUUUCAAUUAAUGAUCUGGAGGUGGUGGCCAGGCAGCUUGGAAUGUACAUGGUCACUGUCAUUGUUGGACUUGUCAUUCAUGGAGCCAUUUUCCUUCCGUUAAUAUAUUUUAUAUUCGUUCGGAAAAACCCAUUCACUUUCUUUAUGGGAAUGUUCCAGGCUUGGGUCACUGCUUUAGGAACAGCCUCUAGUGCUGGAACAUUACCUGUUACUUUUCGCUGUCUGGAAGAAAACCUGGGCAUCGACAAGAGAGUGACCCGAUUUGUACUACCUGUUGGAGCAACAAUCAACAUGGAUGGUACAGCACUUUACGAGGCCGUAGCAGCAAUCUUUAUUGCACAGAUGAAUGGAAUAGAACUUGAUCCUGGUCAAAUUGCAACAGUUAGUCUUACAGCUACCCUUGCAAGUGUAGGAGCAGCCAGUAUUCCCAGUGCUGGUCUGGUGACUAUGCUUCUGAUCCUGACUGCGGUGGGACUACCGACUUCAGACAUCAGUUUACUGGUAGCAGUCGACUGGCUACUGGAUCGUUUCCGAACAUCAGUCAAUGUUAUUGGUGAUUCGUAUGGGGCGGGCAUAGUUUAUCACCUCUCCAAAGAUGAGCUUGACUUGUUUGAUGCCCAGCAAGAGAGGCCCGAAGAAGACUUUGGAAUGGUCAAGACACAAUCCUUUUUUGAGAAAAACAGUAACCAUGCUGUAUAUGGGUCUCACAACUCCUGUCAACCGAUCCAAAUAGAUGACUGCAAGGUAACCUUGGCCUCAAAUGGCUCCCCUGCGGACUUCUCACUUGUUGAGGAGGAACCAUGGAUACGCGGGUAACACAGCACACAGAUCCAGCUCCGCCGUAUCCUGAGUCCCACAAGCUUAUCCUUUCGGGUGAAAAGCAAAGCAAAUUGUCCAUUAGAAGUUACCAUUAAACUUCUCACACGCACAAGCACUGAUUGUUUUGGUAUGAUAAUCUCAGUACACCUUAUUCAAACAAUUCUAAAAAAAAAUUUUGUUUGUAGUAAUUGGUGCUCUUUUGGUUAAACUGGGGUAAGGCUAUAAACAUUUCUGACCUUAAAUAAAUUUAAAGGACUGUAGAAGACAGGUGAGAAUGGCACCAUAUGUGCAGGGCCUGAGUUACCACAUUAUCUUCUCAAUUAAAUGUAUACAUUGCUUUGCUAAAACUCAUGAAUUAAAUUAGUCUUAAUUCUAGUCCUUGGUUUUGAUUAUCAAUCUGAGCCCUGUUGCCUUAAGGGUACUGUAUAACACAAGGUAACGUGAAGUAACAAAGUGGCUCGGCAAGCCUGAACCUAGAGCACUACUAGUGGCAGGAGGAGACAAGUGCAGUUUGUUGGCUGAAGACAUCUUUGACUGGCUUGUCUUAGAUGGAUUAAUCCUUGGUGGCGGCACUCCAGAUCAGCCUCUUAUAAGAGCUUACCAAUGUACUUAGAGGUUCUGAAAUAGUGGUUUACCUCCAAAUGCUGUCACUUAUUUUUAGAGGCUGCUCAACAUAAAUGAUACGUCAAGAAUUACACGGAGCGAUCCGACAUGCUAUAUGACACUGAGUAGAGUGGUGUUGUCUAUCUGCAAUGACUUUUGGGUUAUAUAGAACAUCUUGGGGCUAAACAGUCCUAUUUAAUGGACUGAAUAAGGGGAAACAUUUUUCAUUCAUUCAUUUAUAAGUGUCCAUGCGUGUGGAGGUCAUGUGUACUUGAAUUUAAUUGAAGGAAGUUAUUGUGUUUGAGUGAGGGGACUUUCCUAUGUGUCCGCUUGCUUAAGCAUGUUUGUAGGUUAUGUAUGUAUCCUGUGUGCUUUGUUGAGUUGUGGAUUUAUGUAUUAAUUUGUUAUAUUUCAAUCUUGCCUUGAAGACAAACUGCACUCUGUGCAGACAGAAGACUAUAUGACAUUAACAUCAAAUGCAAUCACAUUUUGUUUGUUUUUUUAUCAUAGAUUGCUAGUCUUUGUUUCUCUGGGGAGCCUUCUUGGAUACUCAGAUAUUAAGUCCAGUUGAAUGGAUUGUUAAGUAUUUCUAUUUUCAUGCUGAUAAGAGAGGCCCUCGCGUUUUUUGGUGCUGAGAUUGUUAGCAUGAAAUUCUAACUAAAAAGAGAUGCCUGCAACAUGUAUUUGGUAGUCUCUGAUUACUUUUAUUGCAGCAUGAUUAAUAUUCUUCUUUUGCACCAGUAUCUUAACAUUUUCUUAUUAAAGUGCCUCCUUGCACUUUGUGUAAAUAAAUACACACACACACACACA